CUUCAACCACCUCUCUCUCUCUCUCUCUCUUCUACAGAAACAUACUGUCAUAAAGACACAGCAUAUAGAGAGAGAAGAAGAUGAGCGGAAGUUGGCGGGAGGUGGAGCGGAGGAUCCUCCACCUCCUCCACGGCUGUAAAACCCGAACCCAACUGACCCAAAUCCACGCCCACUUCCUCCGCCACCACCUCCACCAAUCCAAUCAAAUCCUCUCUCACUUCAUCUCUGUUUGCUUCUCACUCCACAGGAUCUCCUACGCCAAUCUCAUCUUCCACCAAACCCAUAACCCAAACAUCUUCCUCUUCAAUUCCAUGAUCAAAGGCCACUCCCUCUCCAAACCCUUUCAAAAUUCUCUCAAAUUUUUCACAAUAAUGAAGUCUCGAGGAAUUUGGCCCAAUGAAUUCACUUUUGCCCCUUUGCUCAAGUCUUGUUCCAAUCUUCUUGAUCUCAAAAUGGGUCAGGGAGUUCAUAAGGAGGUUAUUUCAGUUGGGUUUGAGAGCUUUAGCUCGAUUAGGAUUGGGAUUGUUGAAUUGUAUGCGUCUUGUGGGAUGAUGGAGGAUGCGAUGAACGUGUUUGAUGAAAUGCCUCAUAGGGAUGUGAUUGUUUGGAACUUGAUGAUACGUGGGUUUUGUGAAAUUGGUGAUUUUGAAAUGGGGUUUCGUCUAUUUAGGCAGAUGAGUGAGUGGAGUGUUGUGUCUUGGAAUGUUAUGAUCUCAUGUUUAGCUCGAAGUGGUCGGGAAAAUGAAGCUUUGGAGAUUUUUUGCCAAAUGCGGGACAAUGGUUUUAAACCGGAUGAAGCAACUGUGGUCUCUGUGCUGCCAGUUUGUGUCCGUUUGGAGGCAGUUGAUAUUGGACAGUGGAUCCACUCUUAUGCCAAGUCAAGUGGACUAUAUCGAGAUUUCAUCUCUAUAGGGAAUUCACUAGUUGACUUCUAUUGCAAAUGCGGGAUUUUAGAAACAGCUUUAACUGUUUUCAAGGACAUGCCCCGAAAAAAUGUGGUUUCUUGGAAUGCCAUGAUCUCCGGUUUGGCUUUCAACGGAAAGGGUGAGCUUGGAGUUGAUUUAUUUGAGGAGAUGUUGUCGAAAGAUGUGAAACCGAAUGAUGCCACUUUUGUGGGAGUUUUAGCAUGUUGUGCACAUGCAGGGUUGGUGCAACAAGGUUUGGAUUUGUUUGCUUCGAUGACCGCAAAGCAUCAAAUUGAACCAAAACUUGAACAUUAUGGAUCGAUGGUUGAUCUUCUUGGGCGUAGUGGGUGUGUGAAGGAGGCUCAUGACUUAAUUCGCACCAUGCCUAUGAACCCUAAUGCUACUAUCUGGGGUGCAUUGCUAAGUGCUUGUCGUACUCAUGAUAACAUGGAGCUUGCAGAAAGUGCAGUGAAGGAGCUUACUGAUCUUGAACCUUGGAAUUCCGGUAAUUAUGUGUUGUUGUCAAAUGUUUAUGCGGAAAGAGGGAAAUGGGAUGAAGUCGAGAAAGUGAGAGUGUUGAUGAUGGAAAAUAGAAUCAACAAAGCACCGGGACAGAGCAUGGUCGGAUAGAUUUACAAUAUUGGUUAGUGAAUUAAGCAAUUGUGCUUCGUGAGUGGUGAAUUCAAAAUCAUGACCCUUAUGGGGAGAUAUAAGUUAACACUCUGAGUUUGCAAAAUCAGGGGAUGAGUUGCAGAGUUGCACAUGAGAUUGAUGUCUUGAAGCAUCAGUGUUGGUCAUGACUGUUUAAAUCCAAAGGAAAAAAUGAGGAGAUAGAAUGAAACUGGUAUACAAAAACAAAUUGAUUUGCGAUUUUCUUGUCGCUGAGGGUUAUAGUUCUGGUGUAAUUCAAUUUUUGCAACGAGUUGAUAAGGAUAUGUGAGAGAAAAAUGUGAGUUACAUGUGAAAAGAAAAUAUAACUGCUCUAGCUCAUCCAGGAAAAACCUUUUUGUGCUUUAAAUAUCAAUUCCCUUUGAUCAAAACAGUAGGGGCAGUACAACUUCUCUGUUAAUCACCAGCAAUCUACUUAUGUCUAGGUAAAUUGCACCUUAACCUUGAACUAUUAUCAUCCAUAAUGAUUUUGUACCCUUAAACUAAAUAUUGUUAUUUUUUCACAUUAAAUUAUUAAUUUGUAUCAAUGUGAACGUUCUAUUAAUGAUC